ACUAAAACUAUUGACAUGUGCCGUUUGACAUGUGCCCCCCCAGCAGCCAAAUCAAACAUAUUGUGACGUUUAAUUGAAAAAUAUCUAUUAACUAAUUUACAGCAUGGUGAUGUCAUAAUGGAAGGCCACAACUCCAUCCCACCAAAUCAGGCUGAAAUUUCAAACAGCUCUUACACCAAAAGGGCAUUAUCAUCAUGUUCACAAUUACACAGUAUUAUUCUAACCUCAGUGUGGAAAUGUAUAUAAAACACAGGAAAAUCACGUUUUUGACUGCAAUGGGCCUUUAACUUCAAAAAUAUGAUUCUGAGAUAAUUGGCUUUAAAGUUCUGAAUCCUCAUUGGUUUGAAUGGUGUCAACCAUUUUUUUUCUUGUUUUCUUUUGAACGGAAUAUCAUGAAUUGGGGGUAUUUAGAGUACUAUAUAGUUGGAGAACAUUGAACAGAACAAGGCUAUACGUCAACUUAAUUUUGACAAAAAUUGCAGAAAGAACCUUAGUCUGAAGCGCUGGUAAUGUAAUAGCUGUACCGUAAUUCAAAGAACAGCGCGCAUACCUUUUUCAUUUAACCACACCCUUUGAGCUAUGACGUCAACAAAUAUGAUCAUUUCUCGUCAGUGUAAAAGGAAGUAAACAGUGACCAAGAACCAUUUCCACGUUAGCGUUUGUAUUGUUGUUAUUUAGACGUUUAUUAAGACCCUGGAACUCAAUAUGACUAAUUUAACUGCACAGCAUUACAUACUUACCUCAGAUAGUCUUUAAUUCGCGUUGGAGAGAGGACUUGGUUGAUUGAUGUUAUUUAGCUAGCUAGGUAGCCGCUAACAACAAUGGCUAACUGUGUGGUUUUUCACACUCAAAUAGCCUCCAUCAUGGAGGUGCUAGCGAAUGCAGCCGUGGCAGAGAUCUGUAAACUCGUAGAUGACGACUAUGCAGUGUUCCGUUUGGAAAUUUCUCAAAGCCAGAAAGAAAACAGGGGAUUGCGGCGGAAACUACAGCUACUGGAAUUGAAGGUGGCACGGGAGCGCGCAGAGAGGACAGUUAGAGAGCGCGUCCUCGCCAGUCGUCCCAGUAGUGUCAAGAUCCUCGACCGAUACAGAGGAAUGGCAAGAGGGGAAGGACAUCUCACUGGAGGCCACAGAAGCUUUGUAAAGCCAGCGGGACACAACACAUUGAGAGAUAACCAACCAAUCACUGUUGAUGAGGGGAGUGGAACCUCAACCCAGCACGUUAUCGUGAUAGAGUCUGCAGAUGCAGAGGCUGCAGGUCCUGGGGUCAAGCAGGAGCGGUCUGAAGGGGAGGACACAAGACACAGCAGAGACAUCCAGACUGAAGCAGCAGCUGGAGUGGCGCCCCCUGUAGCCACGGAGGACCUCGCCACCGUGCCCCAGGCCAGGACCCGACGCAGCAUCAUGGAGGUCAGUGGAACGCCGAACGCCGUCCUCAAGUCAGAGACAGACACCAAGACUGUAACUGUAACACACAGGCUCUUACACACAGGAUCUGACCACAUAUCAGACCCAGAGAGACUGGGGCAGGGGAUACUGGGCUGUCCUCCUGCUCCUGGCUCAGAGUAUUUACCGGUAUUUCACCAGAGCCAGAGGACGGUUCAUUCCUGUGGAGAUGGUGACGCAUUAGACACUGGUGUUGAUGAUCCAUCUUGUUCUUAUGAUACAGAGAUGGACCCUGGCAACAUGCCCUUGGGUUUAGAGACACAGACUGAUCUGUCUAGAGCGGAUUGGAACAGGUACAGUAGUAGUGUAUACUCUGAAGGGUGCCUAGAUAAGAAAGGGGAGGGUCUGGUCGUAGAUGAAGUGACUGUGAAAGUGGAGGGCAACGUUCCUCCCACAUGGAAUACAGAUAGUCACCUAGGAGACAGACACUCACAGGGCAGAGAUUUCUUAGAUUACAGGGAAAGCUUAGAGACAAAUCAAAAUGUCCCCACCCACUCCCUUUUACACGCGUUCAGGGAUCGCGACCCAGUGUCCACGUCGAUGGCACCUUCCGAUUCACACGGCCACAUCCUUUUCGAUGAGGUAUUGAACUCAAACGACAGGGCUAGAGCCCAGGCUCAGGGAGGGGGAACCACAUCAGGCAAUAGUAAAGAGAAACAGUUCCUCUGCAUGUUCUGUAACAAAGGCUUCAGCUGCCCGCAGAAGGUGGAGAUCCACAAGAGGGUCCACACUGGGGAGAAACCCUUCAGCUGUACCCAGUGUCACGUGUGCUUCGCCCAGGCUGGUGACCUGAAGAGGCACCAGAGGGUCCACUCAGGGGAGAAACCCUACAGCUGCCCCCAGUGUGAGAAGCGGUUCUCCCGCCAGGACCAGCUGAAGAGGCACCAUAUGGUCCACACGGGAGAGAGGCCGUUCGCCUGUACUCACUGCGGGAAGAGGUUCUCAGAGAGGAGCUACCUCAGGAUACACCAGCAGAAAAACCAUUCUACUCUAUAACAGGAAAAUAUAUAUAUUUUCACGGUUGUCAGCAGAAAAGAUCCACAGAUGCAUUUGGAAUAACAAGAGUAACAGAUUUCAGUGUUGAAUAUUCCUGGGUAGAAUAUUGCAUCCAGACAUAAGCCUAAAAAGUAUUUUACAUAUUGUGUUUGUACUGUGUAGGAUAUUUGAUGUUCACAAAUGCCUAUUUCAUUACUUCCAUUCAACUACAAAAUGUUUUUCCCAAGACACUUUCAAUGAGAAAAUGUAUGCAAGUUAUCAAUUUUUUGUUGAGACCUGUAUGUGGUUUUCAUAUGGUGUAUUUAAUACUUGUUUAAUAAACACAAAA